AUGCAAUCCAAGGCCGAAGGCCAAAAUGCGAAUAAGGUAUUGAACCUCAUAAACGAGAAUGCCAAGAUCAAAGGAAAGUUGGAUGAUUACGAAAAAGCUGCAGAGAGUUCGUUCGAGGCGGUGGAGAUGGAGUUAACUAAUUUAAGGUCUUUGUUUGAAGAUGCGGAAACUCUUUCUGACGAACUCAAGAAAGCUGUCUCGAAUUUUGCGUCCACCGUCCGCACCAAGAUGUCCGAAUACAUCAAGGCGCAUCGUGAGGUGCAUCCUGCCGUGUCCAAAUAUGGCAAAUUAAUCGACAAGGUUUGUCUUUCCUUAUCUUAUUGA